AAACAGCGUGAUAUUUGCUUUCUUUCCUAAACAUACAACGUGCUAAAGAGUAAUUAUCCACCGGGACAAUGGAUUGUUAGCAAUCUAAUUGCAAACAACAGCUUAUUAUGAGAGAUUAAGUUAUGUAUUCUAAAAUUAACAAUAUGCUACAUAAAUGUGUGGUUGGCGGCUGUCCGAACCGAUCUGACACGAUUAUUCAUUAUAUUUUACCGGAGGAUCCUAAAAGACGCAGUCUGUGGUUAAAGUUUAUAGAAGAUAGUAAAGCUGAUGGGGAAAUUGCGUCCUCCUCAUGCCGGGUGUGCGGGGAUCAUUUCUCCGAAGAAAACUACUUCAAACUGGAUCUGGGAUUCACCACACGCUUGAUUUUAAGCGUCAAUGCUGUUCCCACGAUCGUCUCUGUUAAUCGAUCUACUCAGACUGAAAACGAGAAUCAAAACGAGGAGGCCGAGGAUGAGAAUGUAGUGAGUGACACAUACAAAAUUACCAUUGGUGAGACCAUUUCACUUGCUGGUGUCAAAGAGGAGCCUCUUGAAUAUGACUUAAGUGCCAGCAUGGCAGCCAAAAAAGAAGAGCAGAACCUCUCACUGGAUAAGUGUUUUGAUUAUGAGGAGAUUGAACUGGCUCUUACUGAUGAGAUGGAUGUACUUAUGGACAGUUCAACUAAACCAGUGGUUCAAGAUGUUGGUGGUAAAGCAGUUAAGUUCAUCAGUUGUUCAACUUGUGGAAAGAAGUUUCGUAGAAGACGUAACCUUAUGAAGCAUCGACGGGCUGAACAUCCUAAGAAGACAUUCCUGACCAAAUCAGAGGUUAAAGAGAAGAUUUUCGUUUGUUCUUGUGGGGAGAAGUUUCAUACUAUGCCUCUCCUUUUGCAGCAUCGAGCUACACACUCUAAGGAUGGAAAGUACAGUUGUUACCAUUGCGGAAUGGGCUUUACUGGGAAAGUGCUUUUGAAAGCUCACCAGAAAAUUCACAAAGAUACAGACUCCCUUUUGCCAUACCUGUGCGACUCUUGUCCUAGACGCUUUGGCUACAAAGUUGCUCUUAUCGCUCAUUUGAAAAAUCACUCAACCCACACUUGCACCUGCCCCAUUUGUGAAGAGGGCUUUCAACUCAGAUCUUCUCUCACUCACCACCUCAAAGUACAUCACGCUGGGAAAAGAAUCCCAUGUAAGAUAUGUGAAAAGACGUUCCUGGUUGUCAACGACUAUAUUAAACACAUAGACAGCCACGUUGGGAUGACCCCAUACUACUGCGCAAUCUGUCAAAUCUAUCUAACACAGCGAAGCUAUGUGCCACACAUGCAGACCCAUGAGAAAAUGGAGCGAGAGUCUGUUGAGUACAAACCAAAGCGUGGCAGAAAGGUUUGUGUCAAUGUGUCGACUCAUCAGAAAAACCCAGAAGGAACAACACUUGGAAUGGAGCCGGUGGUGCAGGAUGAGGCCGGAAUGGAGCCGCUCAGUGAAAGUGAAAUGGAUACUCUGGCUGAGAGUUCAGCAUCAGCGGUGGAAUAUACAGUUGAGUCUGUGGAGUCUGCAGAGGCACAGAUUGUUUUGGAAGAGGAGAUGGACACUAGAGGGAUAAGCCAAUGAGAUAUCUUUUGUCUACUCAUGGCAUUCGUAACAUCAAAAGUAGCAAGACUUAAAUGAAUAUCUUUGCAAAGCUUUAUUAACUAAAAUAUCAAACCAAGUAGAAAUUAUUCUAAAGAAAUAAAGGACAAAACUCAUAAAACCCCAUUAUAAAUAGACAAAUGAUUGUGACACUUUCUAAUCAAAUGCUAGCAUAAUGUCAUACAUUCACUAAAAAUUACCAUGUUGGUUAAAAAGACCAGUUGGUUAAAAAAUGGCUCAGAAAAGUGAAGUUAGUUCUGAGAAAAGACUUUUCAGAUGCCUCUUGGUUUGAUAUUUUGAUAUCUAUAAUGAAAUGUAUACAUUUUAAGUGUGACUUAAAUGUCUAAAUACUUUAUUGGGCCACUGUGUAAUUUUUUCUUUUUUUUUCUUUAAAUGUACAUGCUCACAGUUUUUAUUUGGUAUUAUUUUAGGCCAUUGCCUCAUUAAAGAAAAGAAGAAAAAACUUUGUUUACCUGAGGAAAAUGAUCACUUGAAAGCUGAUUUUCUUCAUUAGUCAAGUUAAUGGUUAAACCCAAGGGUGCAGUCUUAAUUUCACAGCUACACUGUUGAGCAAACUGCUUAUUUUAAAGGGUGGAGUAAGUCAUUUUAGUCCAGUUCACUUUUUUGUCAAAUUCCACAAAUAUCUCUUCACAGUCUACCAGCUGUCCGUUCUGUGUGUGCUCUGAAAAAAUCCAGUGUUUGUACACAGCUCAGGAACCCCGCUUACUCCACCUUUAAGAAGACAUCUGUAUUCAUGACAGAACACAAAGAUAUAUCAUAUACGUACAUUUGUAUUUUUUUUUUAAUGUAAACAUAGUCUUCUGCUGUGGUACCAUAUUAGUAUUAAUGUUUUGCUGCAAAGACAUUUUAAAAUCAUUUUAUAUGCAUAUAAUGUAUACUUUGUAAUAUGCAUUUCAUAAAAGCAUUAAAACAAUGGCAUAUCCAGGAAAUUACUUUAAGAUGGGCCUCAAUAAAAAGGGAUGGGCCACACGCUAAUGUUUUUAAAACCAAAUUUUACUUAACAGAGAAGUGGCACAUUCAAAUAUUUCUUUCACACUUUCAGAAACAAAAUGUAAGAUAUAUUUUUUUUUCACUAUUUGUUAUAAAUAUAUAUAUAUUUGAAGUCAAAGAAAACCCUCUAAUAUUCUGGGUGGUCCAGUGUCUAAUUUGGGUGGGCCCAGGCCCAUCCCGGCCCACACUUGGAUAUGCCACUGCAUUAAAAUAUCCUGUAUUUUCAAUAAUGCAGGUCUGAUGGUUAAUGCUCAUUUGAAUGUGGUUUCUUGUAAUCAACACUUUUUUCUGAGUGAAUUAGAAAAAUGCAGGUGGUCAUUUAAUUGUAUCCAAAAAGUGGGUGUUACAUACCAGAAUGGAGACAAGUGGUUGAAGGGUAUUGGUGAUAUCAACUGAAAAGUAAAUUAAUUCAUAGGUGGAGCAAGUUGUAUAUAUAUGUAUUUUGUUACAU